AUGGCGCUUAUCCACGUCACGGCUCUGGACGGGAUCGUCAACAUCAAUUCCCUCUUCUCACUUGCUCUUUUCCUUGGCCUCACCACAAGCGGAAACAUCACAUUUCCCGUUUUCUCCUCCACCACCGCCGCAAACCAACAUCUCCACCACAAAAGACCCUAUAUUAGCGGAGAGGCUAGUCUCAAGCCACGUUUACUUCUUCAGCUUCUUCGUCUUCUCAAGCCUCAUUCGCUGUGUCUCUCAAACAAGCAAUCUAUUAGGGAUAAAUAUAACAACAACAACGAACGAGCGCGUUGUGGAGAAAGCGCGUGUGCUAAACUCGGGAACGGGGCUCAUGAAUGUAGCGGCUUUGAGAGUUGGGAUCGUGGCUUCGUGUGUCGGGUCGGCUUUGGGAUGUGGGUUCUUGACAAUGGCUUUGGUGGAUCUUGUUCAGAUCAAGCUUGGACCUUUGGAGUGUAA